GUGCAUUAAUGGAAGAUGGAUUUAGUAAUUAUAACACGCUUAUGACUUCGUCUGUAGUACCUCCUGACAUCCUCUACGAUGAAACAAGUGCGGAUCUGCAUGUCCAAGAGGGCGAGAACGCUACGCUUGUAUGUAAGGCGACGGGGAAUCCCCGUCCUCGGAUCACGUGGCGCAGAGAAGAUGGUGAACCUAUUCUCUUACGACGGGGACCAAGGGAUGUCAUAAAAGUGGACACUUUCAACGGGAGCCAGCUCCACUUCUGGCGUCUGGAUCGCAGGCAGAUGGGGGCCUUCUUGUGCAUAGCGUCUAACGACGUACCUCCUGCAGUGAGCAAAAGAAUCAUACUCAACGUCAACUUUGCUCCAGUGGUCAAAGUCCCAAAUCAGCUGCUUGGGGCGCCACUGGGUACGGACGUGCAACUAGAGUGUUAUGUUGAGGCCUUCCCCAACACAAUCAACUACUGGGUGAAGAACAGAGGAGAAAUGCUAUUAGACGGACCCAAGUAUUCCAUUCGGGAGAACCGCUCGACGUACAAAGUGUUCAUGUGGCUGAUGAUCCGUAGUUUCGGCCGCUCAGACAUCGGCACCUACAACUGCGUGUCGACGAACUCGCUGGGCCGAGCAGAGGGCACCCUGAGACUGUACGAAAUUAAAAUAUACACUGGACUCCCUCACGGGUCGAAUGACAAUCAGGUCGCCAUAGUUGGAGGUUUGGCGGAAGCAGCCAGGGGAUCUAAUUCCCAGACGAAAGGGGGAUCGUUAGACGACCACGCAGGGAGUUCCUCGCGACUGAGCUCCUCACUCACAGCACUGCUACUCUCUACAGCCCUCAGCGCAGUGCGGUUAACAACAGCCCUUUGUGCAAGGAAUACAUAAGAAUUUCUGAGUGCCGAGCCAAAGGACGAGGUCAUCUGGUUAAGAAGUAGAGAAUUCAAGAUUGUGAUGUAAGUAGAAACGAAAUGUUAAUGGUGGUGGCACUACUGGGGAAAAUGGUAGUUUUAUGGUGGUGGUGGUAGCGAGAUAUUUUCAUGGCCCCCAAAAAAUUAUCUUGAAUGUAACUGAAAUAAUAUUAUAAAUACAUUAUAGUGAUUUACGAAAUAUAAGGACAUGAGUUCCAGGUAAAUAAUUUUGUAUCGCUCCAGAUCAGACCAGUGUUUCUAUUGAUAAAUGCGCGCAAUUUUUAAAUUUAUGACAAAAUUGCGUAUAUAAGUCUGGCGACUUUCGUGUGUCUAAAUUCGUGAUAUGAAAUCAGAAUGUUUUUGCCCUGCUGUCACUUUAAACUACUUCAUCAAUUUUCGCAGCUGAGGAAGUCGAAUUAGUUUACUUUUAAGACAACACAUGUCAAAAGCGUAUAUAGAACCCUUGUGACUAUGUUAUUACAUUUAUUUUGAAAGGUUUAAUUGAAUUUUACACAGUUAUAAGACCCUUCAAAAAUGUUUUAUUACGAUCGAAUCAGGGAAUGUAGCCCACAUUAACCGAAUUAACCGAAUAUAAUAAUGAUGCCAUUUUAGGAUCGUCAUACAUCAUUCGAAAGACGCUGUUGUAAAAUAUAUAGUCAUCAUCUCAAAUAUUCUGUAAUUAUUUUGUCAAAGUUUAUAAUACAAUUGGUAUUUAUUUUUUACUGCCCUUUAUAAUUUUAUUAAAUUUCCUCACGCGCAAUUUAAAUACAAUUUUUUUUUACAAAUUUAAAAUUUGUUUCUUUCAGUUUUUUAAGUGGUGAAGGCAGAGGCCAUGUCCUGAAAUUCUUAAAAGCCAUACCUAUUUUCAGUAUUCAUUGUGCUCUGAAAAUCUCGUUUAUCUAUGAACCGGUCCGACGUAACAGGUCUUCGUGAUUUUGACUCACAAGACUGUUGGAUUCCGUCAUGCUUCCAAGCCAACUUCUAAUAUUUUAUCGUGUUCUUCUUACGUGCUUAGUAAUUAUCAUAAAGUGUCAACCCAGACGACGACAUAAAUGUGUCAUUCGUAUAUAAGACUUCGUUUUUGAGUUGAUAUUGAACAGUCUGAGUGCAAACGUACUGGAGCGUAAUGUCGUAAACACGUUCUGUGGACGCAGGAAAGUGACGUCUUCAACAGAUGGAUUGUUAUCAAAGCAAUUUUCCCCAUAAUUCUUCACCGUGUCAUGCAGUACGUCAGAACUGUGGAUAAUAUUUGAAAUUGUGGUUACGUUCGUAUAAUACUUCUAACAAAAACAUUUCGUGUUGGCAGUCAAAAUCAAAGAUAUCUGUGUGCGUAAAGAUACGUAUGUACGAAGGCCUAUGAAUGUUCGUACAAAAUAUCUGUGUGUAUGUGCGUGUACAUAUUCUGUUUGUUCUGUUUCUACAACUGCUUCCUGUGGACGAACAUUGGAAGGGUCUGAGUCUGAUGUGUGAGACUGUAUGUUCGUGAUUAAUGGUAUAGAUAUCAUGUCACCCAUUAUAAGCUCAAACUAAACAAAAAAAAAGAAUACAUGACGUCCAUUUUGAAACUCGUUAAGAACAGAUAAUUAAUUGUAAAAAAUGUAUACAAUGAAGUGACCGAUUCGGGUGUGAAGUAAUUGUUUAAAUGAAUUCUCAACCAGAAUUCUGAGUAUAUCUUAUUAAUGUAAUUGUUAAGUAAUGAUUAUCAAUAUUAUGAUAGGCCUACAUGAACUAUUUGCCAGUGCCAAAUCUUUCUAUAAUAAUAUUAUCAAUUAAUCUACGUAUUUAUGAAUAAUGAAGAAAAUAUCUCCAGUAACUUCAUUUCGUAGUUCUGGAUUCGUGCACUCACAGUCUUUGUAUUGAAUUACUAUGCUUUUUCACGUUUGGUUGAAAACAAAAGCCUACAGUGGAUACUCAAACAUCCCCUUUGAAUGUGUCGUAUCUUCCGCAAUUGAAAAUAUAAUUCCUAAAGGAAACCAAAUAUCCACUUAUGUAAGUGUUUCUUCGAACCUGACCCAUGUAGUGUAGGUUAUUUAAUUAAACAAUACUAUUUGUAAAAGCCACAUGUAUUUUUUAUCUGAUCGGGAAAUAAAUAAUCCUACUUCCCACACCCCA